AUGGACGUUCCUCGAAUUGUUCGAACGCAAAUAUCAACCUCGGAGCUCAACCCACCUCAAGAGCUUGUGGAAGCUGUGAACAAUGCUACAGUAGGAUUAUUGGAGAUAGUGAAAGCUCUUGGAGAGUAUCUGACCUCGACAGAAGACGAAGUACGGCUAAAAGGCUUGACUUUUUUGUCAAAUACGAUGAAAGCUGUUAAUCCAACCAAGAUCAAUCGACAAGCUACUCAAACACUUACAAAUUUCUACCUUUCCAAACUCGACGAUUUCGACUCACUCCCACCGGCUCUAGGCGGUUUAACGGUUUUAUCGAAAUUAUCGACAUUCGAUGAUGAUGCUGCUGUAGAAGUGUACAAAGGGGUUGUGGAGAACGUCAACAUGAAAGCUUAUAUCCAAGCUACGAGACAUCUCGUUUACGUCUUGUUCGAUAGUCUAUUGGCUACUCAUAGGAAUGCACUAAAAGCUUUGGGGACAUCAUUCCUGAAUAGCUAUACAAAGAUGGUAGAUGGUGAGAAGGAUCCUCGAAAUCUCAUGCUGCUAUUCUCGAUAGAUAGAGUAAUACUAUUAGAAUUCGAUGUCAAGGAUCAUAUCGAGGACUUCUUCGAUAUCACAUUCUGUUACUUCCCUAUAACAUUCCGACCACCACCUAACGAUCCUUAUGGAAUAACUGCGGAUGAUCUCAAAUUGGCUUUGAGGAAAUGUAUGGCUUCUUCCCCUUACUUCGCUAGGAUGGCUUUACCACUAUUUUUAGAGAAGUUCGCUACCCUCACUGGACCUAGUAUGAAAGAUUUACAACUAUCGAUAGCUGCUUGUUUACCUGUCUAUGGGGCUGAUGCUGUUAGGGAAAGAGGUGUUGAACUUUGGGAAGGAAUUAAGACUGAGAUAUUGUACUCAUCGGAUACGUCCAUUGAAGCAGCUGCUUUAUCUGCAUUAGAAUCUCUCAUACGGACGUUGUAUCCCACAGAAUCCGAUGCUCCUUCGGGCUUAGCUCAAGAUAUCAUAAAAGAAUGUCUUGAAAUACUGAAUGAACCAGACAAGACCCAGGCCGUGGCUGCGACUAAAAUCUUAGCAGCUAUAUUCCGUGCUUCUCCUUCAGCCGGUAAAUUCGCACUUUCACAAGCACUCCCUCAACUAUUCCGUCAAUUCAAUUCACCUUCUGUUCCAUCUCAUCGAUCACCUAUCCUCUCUACCAUCUCAUCACUUCUUGUAGCUGUCCAAUCUGUCUACACUUCACCAUCUUCCCAAAGGAAACAGGACGAAGAGAAAUCAUUAGAUCCAUAUCAUACUGGUAUACUAGAUGUAUUGAGAGAAGGGUUACGGACUGAGGGAUUGAAGAGUCCAGCUAUCAAGGGAUGUACAGCUUGUGUGCAGAUACCUGGAUUUUGGGGCAGAGAGGAUAUGGAAAAUGUCGUUAGGGGUUUGGAUGAUGUUUUAGUGAAUGAUGAGGAUCCGGAAAUAAGACCCGAAGUCAUCAAAUCUCUCACUACCAUCUCAGUACAUCACCCCACAAUAAUCGAGUCACUCACAUUACCACUACUAUUCCACAACUUGCCUGAUUCGGCACCACCUGCAUCAGAUCAUCUGCACAGAGAGAAGUAUCGAUCUAUCUUAUCAUCUCUUAAUGAAUUAUGCGUCGCACCGGCAUUAUUCCAAACUUUGGUCAUAAGGAUAACUACGAAAUUGGAUUUACUAUCUACUUCUUCUUCUUGGACAUCGAAUGAAGUAGAUGAAACCAUGGACGAGUCCGAAUCCGAAUUCGAUUUGAGGGAAUGUAACAUCGCCUAUAGUUGGGAUUUAUUGAGUACCUUACAGCGGGUGGUAGAUAAGAAGAUUAAGGAGAAACAUCAAGAUCUAAUUAGGUACUUCGAUCAGAUCGUACCUCGUUUGUUCACACUGGUGGUUGGUGCUUCGACUUCCAGGGAUGAUAAGACUUUGUUUAGGGAUAGAAGGUUGAUUGGGAUUGUGGCGAGAUUAGUGGAAAGUCUCGUUUGGGAACUGAACACAGGGAAACAAACUCAAUGGUUCUCAGCAGUUUAUCAGGCAUUCGAAAAAGGAGAUUGGACGGGUGUUGUACAUAACAAAUCCCAAAUUGGACUAGGAGGAUCACCAUUACGAAACGGAGCUUCGUCCGCUGAGCAGGAUCUGAUAGCAUUGUAUGCUGGUACGAUACAGGGAUUGAAAGGGGAUGCCGCUUUACCGUUCUCUUCCCCAGAGACGUUUUCGAGCUCGAAGAUACAUUGGACGAUAAAUGUAGCUAGGGAUGGGUGGCAGGUGAAAUGGAGUUUGGAUUUGAUAUGUGCUUUUGUCAACAAACGAGAAAAUGUGUUGAAGGAAUCUGUCGAGACUAUACUGGACAGCGUUUGGUCAGUUGAGAUUCAGGAUACUUCGAAAGAUCUCGAAAUAAGGCGUAGAGGUUUAUCAGUGUACUUAUAUAUGAUCAAAGCUCUAUCACUCCUUCGAUCACCUCUCUCAUAUACGGCUGUAGAACGCGUGAUAGAUAUACUGAGUUUGUCGAAUCUGGAUCCUGAGUUUGUGCCAUUUGCUGCUGCUGGAUUUGGUAUCUUGGCUCAAGGAAAGGGUAAUGGUCAUUUGACUGCCAAGCUGUUGUACGCUCAGAAACUGUGGAAUUUCGUUUUGCCCAAACUAAUCGAAGGUGACAAAGAGGCCACUGGUACAGGACGACUGGUAUAUCUAGUAGCUUUUGCGAGCCUUCUACCUCUUGUUCCAGCUUCGUUGUGUUUAGCAGAUUUGAAUACUAUAUUACCACUGAUCUUACGUUCCUUGUCCCUUCCUGAUCCCCAUCAACGCGUGAACGCCAUCACCACCCUAACGUCAAUACUUGAAACUGCAAGUGAUUCGAAAGAAGUUGAUAAGGCUAUACAUACCCAUGCGGAGGUGAUGGUUGAUGCUUUAUUGAAGAGUGCGGUGAGGCAGGAGGGUGUGCCUACUUCAGGAAAAGUGAGAAGUAUAGCAUUAUCAUGUUUAUCCCUCUUCCCCGAUAUAAUUCGAUUCGAAACUUUACACAAACACAAGUCUAUAGUGAUUAAAGAAUUAGGCAGAACGUUGGAUGAUCCUUUGAGAACUGUUAGGAAGGAAGCGGUGGAAUGUAGAUCGAAAUGGUAUAGGUAUGGGAAUGCGACGUAG